GGAGAAGAAGGAGCUGGCAACCAUGUUCAUGGAUGCAUUGAUUGUUGGCUUUGCGUUAUUCUUCUCUAUAUUCAAUUCAUACGAGGCCCUUUCUGCAUAGUAUCACCUCAAUCACUCUUACAAAUUACUAUACUCUCCAUGGAUAGUCCUCUUUUCUCCCCCGCCAAGGCACGUCAAGCUGCCAUUGAAGCCAAGGAUUGGGCCUAUGUGAACACCUGGCUGAACCGGCAGUAUGCGCCUAACCCAAUUCCCAAGUUUGAACGGAAUGAAGACACAUUACGGACCUUGCUUGCCCUGGCUGCCGCCAAUGAUACAGCGGAUGAAGAGGCAAUGGUAGUGCAUGAAGCACGCGAGCAAGCGGUCCAAGCCUACAAGUCUCAGGAACGGAGCGAGGGGACAAAAAAAAUCGAAAUUUUGGAUGAAAUAGAGCUCUCACUUGAUGAGAGCGGUAGACAGAGUCUUGACGAUCUGGCGGAAACAACUGCAGUGCUUGGGGCUUUGAGCACCGAUGCAGUUGACCUCGGUCAGUCUAUCAUUGACCUCACGACGGAGGAAUUCAACAUGCAGGAGCAAAUGUCGAAAGUGGAAGCACUACAAAACUAUCUGGAGAGGGAGCUGGCUACUCUGCGGGCGCAACUGGAUGACCUUCGGAAUAAUGAAGCUUUUGAGACGCCUGCUGAUCUCCCAGCUCUAACGGGCGAGUGGACACGGAAUACCAAGUCGCUUGGUGCGAAAGUGGGUGAGUAUCGGGACAAAAUCGCUUCUCUUUCAAGGAACAGGGGCAAGGAACCUCGGCUGGAAGAUGUCAUGGCAAAAGAGGCAGACGUGAUAAAGCUUUUUGAGACAGUCAGAAGUCUGGAGACAAGGAUAAACAUGCUCCAUAAUCUUCCAGAAGAAGUCCCUGAAGCUCGCGCGAAUUGCAAGGAGUUAGAAAGGGAACUCCAGAGACUUGUUCGUGUACGAGAUGCAAUGGCUGACAGAUAGAUGAGAAUGAGAAUAUUAACUACGAAGAAUGCACAAAGUUCUGUUACAUGUUGUAUUAAACCUAGUGAGAGCAGUACAAUCAAAGGCUUGGUAUCGUC